AUAUUUUUUUAAUCAAGCUCGCCAAAUUGCCGGUAAAAAUGGCGGACGACAGAGGGAAAUGUGAAUUGCCGCUUUCUCGAGUGAGAACGAUAAUGAAAAGCUCGCCAGAUGUUAAUAAUAUCAAUCAAGAAGCGUUAUUUUUAGCAGCGAAAGCAACGGAGAUGUUCAUUCAGAGUUUGGCCCAAGUCUCACUAGAACAGAGCAGUGAUAAAGGACUUCUCAAGUACAAUGAUCUUGCAGAAAUUGUGGAUGGUAUUGACACUCUGCAGUUUUUACAAGAUAUUAUUCCAAAGAAGAUAAAGGCCAGUGAAUACUUUGCAAUGAUGAAAAAGUGGGAAGAGGAAAAUGGUGGUGAUAGUGACACAUGAGGACAUAUUAUGGAGCAAUGUUGUAGAAUUUUAUACACUGUCACAGUGACAACCGGAGUGCCAGUCAGUCACUGAACUGUUUAACUAAACUAUUUUGUAAAUAUUCUCUUAAAGUGCUGGAAAUUUGAAAGAAGUUAAAAGCAAAUUUAUAAGACAAUUAUUUUAUAUUGGUCAUUGACUUUCUGUUUUUGAAGGUCUUAGAAACUUCAAUCUCUUACUGAAGUUAGAAUAUAUUUCAGUACAUGUGUAGUGGGAUUCAAAGUCACCUCUGUAAGACUGACAGGUAUGUUCAAGCAAUGUACACUUUGAAAGUUACUAUUAAUUGUUUCAUUACAUUUGGAUGUCAUUGCUUUGUAUGUCACUAUUCAUUCAACCCACUUCCCUACCCGUUCAACUCAUAUUACAGCCAUGUUACCAUUUAAAGAAUAUGCCUAAAAUCUUUAUUCUAACACACUCUGAUUAAUUUUCCUGUUAAACGAAGAAGACUUAAAGUUGUGCGUUAUUACUCAACAAUCCACUGUUUUGACGUCUUAGUUAUGACAUUAUAGCUUCAAACAUCAUAGUGGUGUACUGAAAAAGAAACCCACACAAAACAGGCAGAUAUUUGGUGGAAAUUUUUAAGGAUAUACAUAAUAAUCCUUUAUAAUGUGUUAGGAUCAAAAUAAUAUUUCUCAAAGAGUGAUUUGCUCUUUAAUAAAAGCAUAGUGGAAGAAAUGUCAGGUUUUAGUUUUUACUAAUUUUUGCAUAGAUCUACUGUUCGAAGGAUUUUUUACUCGUUUUGUUUGUUUCGAAAUUAUGUAUUUACACUCUAUACAUACCAGUAUCAACAAUGACAACCCAAGUAUCAUAUUUUCAUAAAGACAUUUAUCAAUGCAACAUUCAUUUGAUUGAAAUCAUUUUUGAUUUAAUCAUCAGCCUGUAGAUUGGGUAAGGUUUGUGAUGGUUUUAUUUAUGGUGCCAAAUAAUAUGUAAUGUGAUGUCAAUAUUGCUGUGAUUUAGGGAAAAUAAACAUGCAUUUUCAGAUAAGAAUUAAGAGAUAAUAUGUAUCAGGACCAUGUUUUGACAUAUUGAAACAAAACAGUGAGGUUAUAUGCUUGCAGAAUAAUUUCAAGAGGGUGUACCAGCUAGCCUGACUGAAUAAUACACUAGGCAUAUAACCUGUUGGUAUUAAUGAAAUGUGUUAAAACAUGGUUUUGAUAUAUAGUAUUUCGAUUCUAAUAAUUAUGUAUUUUAUUAAACAAGCAGAUGAAAUAUAGAAGAACUAUUUCAUGGCGCAUGUAUUGAUGCCAAAUAUAAGUUGACAUUAAGUCAAUACGUAACAGUGUUUUAAAAGUCUUUAAGUGUUAAGUAACAGUGUGAAGUAAUGCGUCCCACGUUAUAAAUUAGUAUUGUGUAGACAUCUAGAGAGUUAUUGUAAGUGCCUUAUAUCCAAUCCUUAUAAUAGAUACAGUGUGUAUGAAUUAAGCGUAACACCGGUCUGUUACAUCAUUUUGUUUCUAAAACGUCUUUUAUGUGAAGUAGUAGAUUUAAUGUGGUACAAAAUGUAGCACUCUUUCUCAGCACUUGUUUGGCACAAAGUAAUAUGUCAAGAUGAUGUCAACUUUCCGUAUUUGAACGGAAAUACGGUAUGCAUGGAUUUUUUAUAUUAGAAUUUUUUACUGAUAUUUGAAGAUAAUCCGACUUUUGAAUUCAACAUAUUUAAGAAUAUAAAUCCAUAUCAUGUCCUAAAACAAACAUUUGCGUUCCUUGAAUUCUUAACUCUGCAAAUGAAGCUUCUAACCAUGAAAUCUCUUAGUAAAACCAACACAGAAGUUACCAAAUCUACAGUGGUCUCAAAACAUUAUUUAUAGAUUAACAUGACAUGAUCUAAUAGAUGUCUUAAAAAUA